AUGGCGCCCAAGAAGAAGCGCGGGGCGACCGGCGGGCGCGCCGGCGGAGGCGCGGAGCCGCAGCUGUCGGAGCGCGCCCAGUACCUGCGGCACGAGUGCCAGCUGCUCUCGGAGCUGAUGGACUCCUGCUCCGGCCGCGUGGACCAGGUCCUGCGAGAAAACGCCUUCCUGGACAGCGAGGCGCUGCGCAUGCGCGAUGAGAACCGGCUCUACGCCAACUACCUGACCGUGCAUGCGCAGCGCUGCGCCAACGCCAUCAUAACGCUGGACGAGAAGAAUCGCGUGGACCUGGCCCAGAUCCACUGGCAGCGAGCUGAGCUCGCGUCGCUCUACCAGGGUCGCGAGGACGGGGUGCGCGCGCAGCUGCUGGAGAUGGAGACACGCGCAGAGCGGAUGGCCCGGAAGGUCCAGGAGCUGCAGCCCUACAAGGAGCUGCAGCUGGAGCAGCUGGCGCGGAUCCGGACUCUGGAGCGCGAGCUGCUGCACAUGCGCGUGGAGCACACGCAGCUGCUGCACCGCGUGAAGCGGCGCUUCAUGGAAGACCAGGCGGCCUUCGAGCGCGAGGCGCGCCAGCGCGUGCAGUCCCUGGGGCGGCGCGCGGAGCGGGAGGCGGCGCGCGCGCUCAUCGCGCACACGCAGGCCAUCAAGGCUGACAACUGGCGCCUCCGCCAGGAGCUGCUGGCGCUGCUGCACCGGAACCGGCUGCUCAUCAACCUGCGGCGCCGGCUGCUGGAGCAGCGCGAGCAGCUGCGGCACAAUCACGAGGACGCGCGGAACCUGGAGCGCGUGCACGGCUGGCUGCGCCGGGGCCCCAGCGGGCCCCAGCUCUGGCAGCCCCCCGCCCCGGCCCAGCCGGCGGGGCCCGACUCCAUCCCGGCGCUCGGGACCCCGUCCGCAGCCUCCACGCACCCGGCCUCCCCAACGCCCACCGAAGGCCCGUCGCGCCCCGCCUCCCGGCACCAGUCGGCCAGGUCCUCGCGCGCGGCCUCCCGGGUCUCUUCGGCUGCUGAGCCGCGCCCGGCUUCUCAGGGCCUGCUGGCCCCGCCGCCGGCCGCCCCCCAGCGCGGCUCCCGGGCCCAGUCCCUAGCCCCGUCCCGCCGGAGCUCCCACAUGCCGUCGCUGACCCCAUCCCUGACGCCGUCGGCUGGGAGCUCGGACACCUCGUCCGCGGCGCAGUCCCGCGAGAGCUCGCGGUUCUCCACACGGUCCUCCCUGCGAUGGCCCUCACAGGACACGCUCGCCUCCGCCAAGUCCGGCCGCUCCAGCCUGUCCCGGCACGGCGAGCAGGGCGAGCAGGGCGAGCAGGGCGAGCCCGCCGAGCCCGCCGCCCCGGGCCCCAGGAAGACCGUCAACAUUGUCUCGAGUUGA